CCUGAAUUGCUUCUUCUCUCCAGCUCAACGAUACUUUCAUUGACCUUCUUCUUCUUCAUCAUGGUCGACGCUCGAACUGCUUUCUCAGAUUCCAACGAUAUCAGCGGAAGCAGCAGCAUCUGCUACGCCGCUCACACUGAACCAUCAUUCUCAGCUGAACCUUCUCCUCCCGGCUUAGAUGAUCUUCGAAAACUUUCCGAUAACCUCCAAUCGAUCUUCGAUUCGUCUCUUCAACUCAAUUCAUCCUUCGCCGACGCUAAACUCGUUGUCGCUGACGGACGAGAGCUCCGAGUUCAUCGCUGCAUUUUAUCUGCUAGAAGUCCAUUCUUUAGGACUGUGUUUUCUGACAAAGACAGGGGCACGAAGUUGGAAUUGAAGGAUUUGGCGAAGGACUUUGUUUUGAGCUUCGAAUCAGUGGCUAACGUUCUGUCCUACUUAUAUAGUGGAAAAGUGAAGCCGCUUCCGGAAUCUGUUUUUGUAUGUGCGGACGAGGAAUGCUCCCACGCCGCUUGUCGGCCGGCGGUGGAAUUCGUUGUGGAGGUUUUAUACGCAUCGUUCACUUUUCAGAUAUCUGAAUUAGUGUCUCUUUCUCAAGGGCAUCUAUUAGAUAAUCUUGACAAGAUUGUAGCAGAUGAUCUUCUUGUAGUUUUGGGUGUUGCUGAUAUCUGUGGUAAAGUUUGUGAGAAACUUCUUACAAGAUGUAUAGACAACAUUAUCAAAUCUGAUAUUGAUGUAACAACCCUAGAAAAAUCUCUAUCCAUAAACAUUGUCAAACAAAUCGUGGACUCGAGAUUCACGCAAGGCUUUAAUGGACCUGGACUGAGUAGUUAUCCUGAUAAACAUGUGAAGAGGAUACAUAGAGCUCUAGACUCGGAUGAUGUUGAAUUACUAAGAUUACUUCUGAAAGAAGGGCAUACUACUCUGGACGAUGCAUGCGCACUUCAUUACGCAGUUGCAUUUUGUGAUGCGAAAACCACUACAGAGCUUCUAGAUCUCUCGAUUGCGGAUGUCAAUUUGAGAAAUUCGAGGGGAUAUACUGUGUUGCAUAUUGCAGCAAUGAGGAAAGAGCCGAAACUUAUUGUAUCUCUUCUAACAAAGGGAGCAGAACCAUCUGACUUAACUCCAGAUGGGAGAAAUGCACUUAAGAUUGCUAAAAGGCUGACUAGGGCAGUUGAAUAUAAUAAGCCUAAAGAAGAAGGGAAAGUGACUCCUAAGGACUCUCUGUGCAUUGAAAUAUUGGAGCAGGCAGAAGGAAGAGCUCCUUUACUUGGAGAAGCUUCUCUUUCUCUUGCCUUAGGCGGUGACGAUGUCAGAAUGCAGCUUCUAUACUUUGAGAACAGAGUUACACUAGCAAGACUUCUAUUUCCAAUGGAAGCAAAAGUGGCUAUGGAUAUCGCUCAUGUAAGUGGUACUUCAGAGUUUUUGUUGGCUGGAGCAAGGAGAUCAGUUGACCUUAAUGAUGUACCAUUCAAAAUCAAAGAGGAGCAGUUGAAACGGUUAAGGGCACUUUCUAAAACUGUGGAACUUGGUAAACGGUUCUUUCCAAGGUGUUCGAAAGUACUUGAUAAGAUAAUGGAUGCUGAGGAUCUAUCGGAAUUAGGUCAGUUGGAGGAGGAAGAGGAGGAGGAAACUGAUGAGAGGCAUGUUAAGAGACAAAAGUACAUCGAACUACAAGAGAUUGUGGGUAAGGCUUUUGAGGAGGAUAAGGAGGAAUUUGACAGAUCUCAAAUUAUAUCAUCUUCCUCCUCAACAUCUGGAGUAGUACUAGUAAAUAUGAUAGGGAGGAACAACAUCAAUGACAACAAUGGCAGGUUUACAUUCAGGAAUUAGAGAGAUUCAGCUUUUGCAUGGAAAAGAGGUAAGUUUUAAAAUGUUAUUUGUAUAUUUUCAAUUGAUGAUUACAUAUAAUAUGCAAUGAGUGAUCCAUGUAUGAUUUUUCUUUCUUUCACAUGUCUCUUGUUUGCUAAAAGUUUAAGGUUAUAUUUAGAGGAUUGUUAUGAUUA